CCUGCAAUAGUACGGUUUGAUCAUGGUCCCUACAGCUUGGUUGGUACUCGUCACUUUAAUUAUCACUCCUACGAAAACGAAAUCAGAACAAGUUGGUACUGGUUUCUGUAGAACUUCUGAAAAUGAUCCUGGAAGAUGCAUCGAGUCGAAUUUGUGUCCCUAUUCUAAGGAUACGUGCGGCGAGGACAGGGUUUGCUGUCCCAUGAUGCAGAAAAUAGUGACCCCGAAUUCUAGCCCGAGCCCUAUAGUACCGACGAGUUCGGCACCUAUAGUACAACCUAUAACGAUACUUCCAGUUCCGAUUCCAGAAGUUACUACGAAGAUGUCUGUGGCGAAUAGCGCAGAAGCCAAGUGUGAAGAAUACAAACACAGGGUGAAGAAGAGGGCUUCCAUUAUUACUUACGUGUUUGGUGGUACUGCGUCCCUUGGGAAAGAAUUUCCACACAUGGCAAUCCUUGGCUAUGGAAUACCCGAAAAGAUCGAGUGGUUGUGUGGUGGUAGUUUAAUUAGUGACCAGUUUGUCUUAACAGCAGCUCACUGUCUAGUAACCUCGAACUUAGGUGAUCUAAUUCGGGUACGCUUAGGUGAAUUAGAUCUGCAAAGUGUGUCUGAUGAUGCUAACCCUCAAGAUUUUGGUAUAUCGGGGAAGUACGUGCACCCGAAUUACCACCCGCCAUCUCAGUACAACGACAUAGCACUUUUGAAAUUGGAUCGACAGGUGCAAUUUAGUGAUUAUAUUGCCCCGAUUUGUCUCCAAGUGAACAGGAAUUUGCCUAAUGCCAAUUUCAUUGCUACUGGGUGGGGGAGGACGGAACUCGGUGGGUCCCAGAGCGAUAUUCUAAUGAAAGUAGAUUUGGAGUACUUUCCUAAUGAGGUGUGUCAAAGGAACUACGACGACGUCGCUUUGGAGAGUCUCUCCAGAGGGAUCGUCGACGAUACGCAAAUUUGCGCCGGGAGUCGCCAGGAAGAAAAGGACACUUGUCAGGGUGAUUCCGGCGGGCCUCUCCAAAUCCGGGAUGACGCUUUGUACUUGGUAGGGAUCACAUCCUUCGGGAAGGCUUGCGGUGUCGUCAACAGCCCCGCAGUGUACACCAGAGUGUCCUACUACGUCCCAUGGGUCGAGGGAAUAGUUUGGUCUUAAAGCCUGCACUCUCAACAUUUUCGCUUAUUUAUACAAAUUCAUAUACGUGAGGUCAGGGUAAACAACAAUAAAUGA